CAGCACUUCGUUUCCUUUAAUACACAAGGAAAGCAGUUCUUGUUCACAUCCUGCUGGCUUUAAUUAUUAAGCAAAAAGAAAACCACCCCGGAGAUAAUCUAAGUGCAGAACAAUCUCUUGUUUGAACGAAGCAGCCAUGGAUGGAGAUCUAGGAGCUUCCUGAGCUGAGUCCUCCUCCCUCCCCCCCUGCUCUCUUGCUGCUUACUAACUGGGAACAGGCUUCUAACAGCCAGACAGACAAUGGCUAAACAAUAUGAUGUUUUAUUCAGAUUGCUGCUGAUUGGGGACUCUGGCGUAGGGAAAACCUGCCUGCUGUGUAGAUUCACAGACAAUGAAUUUCAUCCAUCUCACAUUUCUACAAUAGGGGUUGAUUUUAAAAUGAAAACAAUCGAUGUUGAUGGAAUCAAAGUACGGAUACAGAUCUGGGACACAGCUGGACAAGAAAGAUAUCAGACCAUAACUAAACAGUAUUACAGAAGAGCACAGGGAAUAUUUCUAGUCUACGAUAUCACCAGUGAGCGUUCCUACCAGCACAUUAUGAAAUGGGCCAGUGAUGUAGAUGAGUAUGCACCAGAUGGAGUACAAAAGAUUUUAAUUGGAAAUAAAGCUGAUGAAGAACAAAAACGACAAGUUGGAAAAAAUCAAGGGAUGAAGCUUGCUGAAGAAUAUGGCAUGGACUUCUUUGAAACAAGUGCCUGCACUAAUUUUAACAUAAAGGAGUCAUUCACUCGACUGACGGAGCUGGUCCUAAUGGCUCAUAAGAAGGAGUUGGAUGGUUUGCGGAUGUCCUCUGGUGAUGAACUAAAUCUGGCUGAACUUGAAGAAGAUUCUCGAAAAUCGGAUGGAAUUGCAAACGCCUCCAAAUCCUGCUGGUGCUAAAGAAAAAAAAAAGAAUAAUACAAAUAAUAAAAUCCUCUUUUUAGGGAUGUGCGAAAAGAUUCACCUCAAAAUGAGGGUAAAAAUAAGCAUCUGGCAUGAGCUUUAUUAGCAUCAAUAGUUUUGA